UCUAAACACUUUUAUUCUAUAUAAACUAUUGAGAGAAUCCCUUCUAAUUGCUUGGCCCCAUAACCACCCCCGGCCUCACUGCCCCUCACUGUUUUCUUUGCUUUGCCAACUGCAAAACACUGAAAGAAAGGGAUCAUGAAAAUCAGAUUACUUCUCCUCCAAUUUUCUCUCUUCCUUGUGUGUUUUUCUUCUCUUUCCUUUGCCAAAAUCCCACCAAGAUUCCCUUCUUCUUCCUUUGUUCAACCAGAAGAUGUCUACUUUUCUCUGGCAUCUAAAGGCAACAAGCUUUAUAAGACAAACUACUUCACUCAAAUUCUUGACCACUUCAAUUAUAAUCCAGAUAGUUAUCAGACCUUUCAGCAGAGGUAUUUGUUUAAUGACAAACAUUGGGGUGGUGCCAAGAAUAAUGCUCCUAUCUUUGUAUACACUGGUAAUGAAGGAGACAUUGAAUGGUUUACUCAAAACACUGGUUUCAUGUUUGAAAUUGCUCCCCAUUUUAAAGCCCUCCUAGUCUUCAUUGAGCAUAGGUUUUACGGGAAGUCAAUACCAUAUGGAGGAGACAAGGUGAUAGCCUAUUCAAACACAAGCACAUUAGGGUAUUUGAGUUCGACUCAGGCAUUAGCUGAUUAUGCAACUCUUAUAAUUGAUCUGAAAAAGAACUUGACUGCCACUGACUCACCUGUAGUUGUUUUUGGGGGUUCCUAUGGUGGAAUGUUGGCAGCAUGGUUUAGGCUAAAAUACCCACAUGUGACCAUUGGAGCCUUGGCUUCUUCUGCACCCAUCCUCAACUUUGAGAAUAUUACUUCUCCUUACAGCUUCAAUAAUAUCAUCACCCAAGACUUUCGGGGUGAAAGUGAGAAUUGUUACAACGUGAUUAAGGGAUCAUGGAAAAAAAUUGAAGAAACGGCUAAAACAACCGGUGGAUUGAAGAAACUCAGAAAGUCAUUCAGAAUAUGCAA